AUGUCUCCUCCCGCAGAGGAUAUCAAGAAAGCUCCACUCAUGUGGGAAAUGCUCAAGUCAAUGCCACCAGAAGAGCGGACGUCCAGUAUUAAUCGACGUUUCCGGACUUUCGAUGUUCUCUACCUCAGAUACCCCGAAAUUAGCCAGGAGGGUGCCGAGUAUAUCGAUCAAAAACGAAAGGAAAGGAAGAAAGAGGUGGAGAUGGCCUGGGGGGAAUAUGAUGUUAGAGAGAGUGACAAUGUUACAUGGAGUGUGGAAGCGUAAGUUGAGCUUUCUUGUCAUAAUUUCAAAAGAAAUUAGUCUCAAAAAUAAUAGGGUACAAGAGAUGUACCCUCUCAGAGAGAGGGAGAACAAAAUCCUCAUGUAG